GUGCCUCCUAAGCAUGUCUACCGUGUGCUACAGUGCCAGGAAGAGGAGCUCACUCAGAUGGUUUCCACUAUGUCGGAUGGAUGGCGCUUUGAGCAGCUUGUGAACAUUGGCUCAUCCUACAACUACGGGAAUGAGGAUCAGACAGAGUUCCUGUGUGUGGUCUCCAAAGAGCUGUACAGCUCCCCCAACGGCCUGAGCUCUGAGCCCAGCCACAAAGCCAAGGUGAGACCGUUUUCUAUGGCCCUGCUCCCGUUGCCUGUGAGAUCCUUCGCUCUUGUUUGUUCCCUCUUUCUUUCUCUCUCCACUGUGACUGUGGGGUGCCUCAUUGGUGGAAUACGGGGACUUGUCCUGGUGUUCAGCACUGUGGCAUUACAUCCAUUUCCCAAAAGGAGGAGUGCGUGUGCUGAGAGUGGUGGUAUCCGGCUGUGUGUGGGAAAUGGCUUUAGCAAGUGA